AUGGAGGAUUCCUCACAGAAGCGCAUGAGCGCUAUUCCUCGUCUCUCCAAGCUCCCCGUGCCACGUCCAACGUCUGGCAUUCCGAAGCCCACGUCGGCCCUGCCAAGACCGGCUUCGAUUAUUCGCCCUUCGCCUUCAAGAGAGAGCCUAGGAGGUGGAAGUUCUGCCAUUGGAGGCGAGCUGCGGAAUCCACGGCUGCGGCCUUCCAUGUCGCAAAACCAACUGCGUAGCAGCAUUGGCAGCUCUUCAGAACUACGAAACCCUCGGUUACGAUCCGCCACAUCCCGAGAACAGCUCAACAUUGGGACAAGACGAACCUCUCUAAUCUCUAGACCUCCUCCCCAGGCAGCCGCCACAAGGCCCAUUUCCGCAAGAGCCCCCUCCACGCCUCGACGGCCGAUAGAGCGACAGCCCGAUACAAUCGAGGAACAGUCCACAACACCUCCUUACGACCCGCCAGGCGAGGCGAUUGGUGUCGAGGAUGACGGACACAUCUUUCACCGCCGGUUGACUCUCACGCGGAGACCGUCAGAGGUUUUUGCAACCUCACCGCUUCACGACCCUGCCAACAACAUCUUUGACCCCGAGCAGUCCAGACCGCCGACGGCCUCGACUGAUGAUGGAGACCGCCAAGAUACUCUCAGAGUUCGUUCUCGGAAACCGCGGCCCUCGCUCUCGGAGCGAACGAUUGAGACUCUUGCGUCAAUCCCCUCUUCGCCAGCCUUGAGCAAGAAGUCAUCCACCUUUUUCGAUCAGGGUAGAUCAAGAUCUAGAGCCGAAAGCAGGCCACGAUCCCGAGCCGAUAGUAGGCCGCGAUCUCGGGCAGACAGCGGAGCCUCUCGUCCAGGAUCGAGCUAUGCAUCGGAUACAUCAGCAAGACUCUCUUCGAGGCCAGGAAGCCGGCCAGGCUCCAGCUCAGGCCCGGCCGACAUCGGAUUCUCGAGCUUCCGAGCUUCAGCAAGCUCUUACAAGCCGCCCCUGAGCACAAUCAGCGGAACUCCGCAAAAGAGAUCCUCAGUGAUCUCGGGGGCCAGGAGCCCGGGUUUUCGAAUGUCGACUCAGGGUCCCCCUGGUUCAGCCUCCAAGCUCUCGGCGCUCUCAGCUGCAAGGAGUCCAAGUCCAGGCAAGCCUAAUAUGCCUCCUCCAAAGGCAGCCUCCAAGUCAUUGGCUGCACGACCGACCAAACCAAGGGCUCCUGUCAAGGGUCUUUUCAAGAAGCCAUCCCUCCCGGCACUGAGCCAGGCGUCUCUGCAUGGAGCCAAUCGUGCAUCUGGAAGCGACUUGGCCGAACCAGGAACACCACCUUCUACCCGCAAAUCGUCUGCCGCUCUCCGAGAGCAGAUUGCAAAGGCCAAAGCGGCGAGGCGCGCUCAGUUGAAACAAGCCGCCGAGGCCCAGAAAGAGGAAGGAGACCAGGAGGCGCCAAUUGUUCCAUCCGAUACUGGCUUCGAUUUUGGCGUCAAUCAUGAUGAUCCUUUCAAUACCCGCCGAGGUGAAGACCCCAGGAAAAAGGUCAUUCAGAACCGUGUCAAUGCAGGAAGAACCUCAGGCCGGCUCAAUAUUGCUGCUUUGAACCUCAAGGAGAUUCCCGUGGAGGUGCUGAAGAUGUACGACCUGGAGAGCAUUGGCACUUUUGAUGGCAGUUGGGCCGAGAGUGUGGACUUGAAGCGCUUCAUCGCUGCAGACAACGAACUGGAAGAGCUAGACGACUUUAUCUUCCCUGAUACCAACCCCUCGUCAUUUGAUGAGGAACAAGCGAGUCAUGGCAACAUCUUUGCUGGCCUGGAGAACCUGGACAUGCAUGGCAACCUCCUUGUCGGGGUUCCCCUUGGUCUACGGCGACUCACCUGCCUGACAUCGUUGAACCUGUCAAACAAUCGUCUUACCAACAACAGCAUAGACACGAUAGCACAGGUUACCUCGCUCCGUGACCUGAAGCUGGCCAACAACCUUUUCUUUGGACCACUGAACUCGAUCCUAUCAAACCUCAACCAACUCGAGAUUCUCGAUGUCCAUGGAAACAACAUCUCUGCUCUUCCCCACAAGGUUGAGAACAUGUCUCGACUUCGCAUUCUCAACCUGAGCGAAAACAGCUUCGAAUCACUUGCUUUUGACGGCCUUGCCACUCUCCCCAUUACCGAGCUGAACCUGAGGAAAAACAAGCUGUCUGGCACUCUUAUUGAGGAGCCAAUUGGCUGCCUACCUCAACUGCAAAGCUUGGAUGUUUCUACAAACCAGCUGCAAAGAUUGGUUCCUCUAGGCUCCGCCAUUGAGUUCCCUGUCUUGCACUCCCUGUCGCUAUCGAUGAACAGGCUCCAGGGGCUACCAGACAUGACAUCUUGGACAAGUCUCUUGACGCUGACGGUGGACGAGAAUAAUAUUUCAGGUAUCCCCAACAGCUUCAUGAGUCUCGAGAAGCUUCGUCAUGCCGACUUCUCCAGCAACGACAUCAGAGUGGUUCCUCCCGAGGUUUCGAGGAUGGAGAACCUUUCCAUGCUUCGCCUCAGUGGCAAUCCACUCCGUGACAAGAAGUUCCUCUCCAUCACGACUGAUGAGCUCAAGGAUAUUCUGGCCGGAAGACUUGAGCCACCGCCACCUUAUCAGCAGGAAGCCGGUGCUCAGGUUGGCGUUGUGGGCAUUUUGGGUGAUAACAAGGUGGCACAGCCGCAAAACUCCGAGAAGGACAUGAAAAUUGAUGAUGAAGACUACCGAUCUGAUGAUGACUUUGCAACACCCCCUCAAAGUCCCUCUCGGUCUCGCUCGCACACAGUAUCAAGUCGCCGUUCACGGUCACACACACUUUCGAACCAGUCCUGGCCUGUGAAGCCAGGCGGUAUCCUGGAUCGAUCGCGAACCGAGUCCUCGUCGCUGCAUCCUGUUGUGUCUUCCAAGGUCGCAGCCGAGAACCAGAUUCGACAAGUGUUUCUCCAUAACAACCUGUUUGCUACGCUGCCCAACUCUCUGAGCUUCUUUGCUGAGACAUUGACUGCUCUGUCGCUAUCGCAUAACCAGCUAGUAGGCGAAGCAUACCUGACUGAAGACCUGGAACUCCCAGCCUUGAAGGAACUCAACCUAUCAUCAAAUCACAUUACCGGACUUGGGGCACUCACCAAGUUCCUCCAUGCGCCCAAGAUGGAGAAGGUGGACAUCUCAUUGAACCGCCUCAAUUCUCUGCCCACGAAUCUGAAAGAGGUGUUCCCUGCACUCAACGUCUUGCUUGUGGCUAACAACCACAUCGUGGACCUUGAGCCGGAUAUGAUCAGAGGGUUGAAGAUUGUGGAUGCUAGCAACAACGACAUUUCCCAUUUGAACCCCCGAAUCGGUCUUCUUGGCGGCCCAGGAGGCCUGGAGAGGUUUGAUGUUAUGGGCAACCGAUUCAGAGUGCCACGAUGGAACGUCCUGGAGCGGGGGACAGAAGCCACGCUGAGGUGGCUUCGGGGACGUGUGCCGGUGGCGGAGAUGGCGUCUUGGAAGGGAGAUGACGAGGAGCCCGAGGCUGAUUAA